AUGUCUGGCUCCGAAUCGAUUGAGAGAACCAUAUUUUCUCUCGAUACUGAGCUACCAGCUGACUCUGUCGAAUUCUGUCCUCGUGAAGGACUUUAUGAUAUCCUCGUUUGUGGGACGUACAACUUGGUCAAGAAUGAUGAAGGUGAAAAGGAGGCCGGUCAUGAGAGCAAGAAACCUCAAGAAAGAAACGGCAGGAAAGAGAUACAACGCAUUGAGACUGCUGCAAUUCUUGAUAUGAAGUGGUCGUAUAACCAGGAAGCUACCAACCCGAUGCUCGCGUUUGCCGAAUCUGUUGGCCGUAUCCAAUUCCAUGAGUUGAAUAGCCAAGAGAAAACACUUUUAAACGUGCAAUCAAUCCAAGUCGCCGAUCCUAGUGUUCUUUGCUUAUCGAUCGAUUGGAAUAAUCGUCUUACCCCCCGAGAGUCUGUCAAAGUUACUGAUUGCACCGGGGCUCUUGUUGUUUCGAGAUCGGAUGGGGUAGUAUCAGCGUUGCGACCUCGCGAAAGCCAAUUUGAAGUUGAUACGGCUUGGCAUGCGCAUGAUUACGAACCAUGGGUUGCAUCUUGGAACUAUUGGUCGCCCACGCUGGUAUAUUCUGGUGGAGAUGACUGUAAAUUGAAGGGAUGGGACACCCGCACUUCGUGUGAAGCACCGAUCUUUGUCAAUAAACGGUUUGAAGCUGGAGUAACGUGCGUUCAAACACAUCCGUUUAUCGAGAAUCUAAUGGCCGUAGGAAGCUACGAUAAUACAGUCAGGAUAUUCGAUAGCCGAAAAAUGACCACCUCUUUGGUUGAAGUUGGAGUCGGAGGUGGUGCUUGGCGAGUCAAAUGGCACCCAUCAGAUACUCGUAAAAACGAGUUGUUAGUUGCAUGCAUGUAUGACGGUUUCAAGGUUAUCAAGACACCGAUCAAUGAAAGCGGCCAGGUUGAUGCAACUUUUUCAUCCGCUGUCUCGAGCCGAUUCGACGCCCACACAUCUAUAGCCUACGGAGUAGAUUGGCAUCACGGCUCUCCUACGCCUGGGGGACAGUUCAACAUCGACCCUUCUCACACUCCACUGGACGCGGUUAAUCAAAUGGAUCGCGCUCCGCCUACACACAGAGGUGAUUCUUCGAGAGGAAGACCUCGUGGGCUUGGAGGCUUUGGACGUGGUGGUGGAGGCGGACGCGCUCCUCCGAGAGGCAAGGGCCGUGGUGCCCCACCGGUGGACAAAAAAUUGCUCUCACUACCGGCAUUGGAUGGCCCUCUUCGUGACGAAGCUUACAUUAAGCAAACUGAGAUUAACGCUAUCCUUCCCCCGGUAAAGGAUCGUUGGCUGGAGAAUCCGAAAUCCACAGUUAGCAAUUAUUUUUCUCUGAAUUUCGGAAAGCAGCCUACGUACGAGGCAAGAGAGGGUGCGCUCGAAGGAAGGAGAAUCACCAGAUGUACAGUAUUGGUUGAUAGCAAACACAUGAUAACCGGGACUGGCGAUGCACCCAUAAGGAAGGAGGCUGAGAAACUAGCCGCGUUGUCUGGAAUGCUCCAACUGCAUCGGCUGGGUCUGCUAGAGAAAUCUAAACAACAGGUUAAUGUGACAUCAGCGGGUACAAGCGCCAAUGGUCCCAAGUUGCGCGACGGUUCAGCUGUUACCUAUGAAAUUGCUCGCCAGUUCAUGGAUUUCUACUGCAAAGAGUUCCACUACGACCCUCCAGAGAUUACCUUUGAUAAGUCCGAGCAAGGAUCGCGUACGGCUUGGGAUGCUACGAUGACUGUUGGCGGACGACGUAUUGGCUUGGGUUAUGCAUCGACCAAAAAAGAAGCGAAAAACAACUGCUACAUCGACGUCACCGUGUAUUUGGACCAGUGCGAUGAAAAACUAUGGCCAAAAUUCAAGCAGCAAAUGGCUCAUCACGGCCCUGAAGGCGAACCAAGCAUGGCGGCGAAGGUACACUUCAUCAUGUCAGACGACCUCGAUGACGAAAUUCGCGAUCUAUGUAAAGAUAUCAAGGAUAGCAAUCUUUACGCUAAUCGCCCAGUAACGCAGCCUACGCCGGAGUCCGGCAAAUCAGAAGAUCAGUCCUCUAAUCGAGACGGGAUUUACCGUCCACCUAGACCAGGACAGGAUGGUCCCACGGAACGGUAUCACGAAUCCAAGUCGGCUCGACUACGUGAAGCCCGUGAAACGUACGAAAAUGACCCCAAGAUGGCACAUAUGCGCGAAACACGUCGGUCUCUUCCAGUCUACACACGCGCCGAAGAUCUGCUGGCUACAAUCGAACAAAACGACGUCACAAUCUGUAUGGCGGCCACAGGGUCUGGGAAAACUACUCAGGUUCCUCAGUUAAUCCUUGAUCAGAUGAUUGAGCGCGGAAAGGGUAGUCGAUGCAACAUUGUGUGUACUCAACCGAGGCGUAUUGCGGCAAUCAGCGUCGCAGAGCGUAUUGCCAAAGAACGAGGCGAAUCCCUUGGACAAUCGAUUGGUUAUCAAGUUCGAUUCGAGGCCAAAUUUCCUCAAGAGCACGGAAACAUCACAUUCUGUACCACUGGCAUUUUCCUCAAGCGCAUGCAGUCAGCGUUGCUCGAACAGUCUCAAGGGAAGCGCCAUGGAACGGGUCACGGCCUUGAUGAUGUGACGCAUAUACUUGUCGAUGAAGUACAUGAACGCGAUGUUGACACCGAUCUACUUCUAGUUGUGCUGAAACGACUGCUGGCUGAUCGACGUGCCCGCCAGAAACCACUCAAAAUUGUUCUUAUGAGCGCCACUAUCGACCCCACCUUAUUCCAGACUUACUUCGCUUCAGACGACGGCACCCCAGCUCCGGUUGCCGAAGUACCCGGACGAUCAUUCCCUGUUUCUAAAUACUAUAUGGAUGAUAUUAUCCAACAGUUGUCUACAAUACAGGUCGGUAAUUCCGCAUGGGUGUGGAGGGAGAAGUCUGUUGUUGAGUAUGCCGAAGGCGAGAUUGGCCCACACGCACUAGCACCUGUCACCGGCAAUCCCAGCUACCUCCCAGGAGUACAUACCGAUAUGUCUCAGGUGCUCCAAAAGGAUUUCGACAUUCCUUAUCCUCUUGUCGCACUAACUAUCGCCCACGUUAUCAAAAAAUCGGAUGAUGGGCACGUAUUAGUCUUCUUGCCUGGAUGGGACGAGAUGAUGUCCCUCCAGAAGAUCCUCGACGACCGGCAUCAAGCCCUACUUGGAGUUGACUUGUUCAACCGUGACAAAUUCUCCCUCCACCUGCUCCACUCAACUGUUCCCGUUGCUGAACAGCAGGCCGUUUUCGAUCCUCCAAGGCCCGGCGUGCGACGAAUUAUCUUGGCUACGAACAUUGCUGAAACAUCUAUCACCAUCCCAGACGUUGUAUAUGUCGUUGAUACAGCCCGCAUCAAGGAAAAAAGAUAUGAUCCUGCACGACAUAUGUCUUCUCUUGUUUCUGCUUGGGUUGGUUCGUCUAAUCUAAAUCAGCGAGCAGGGCGAGCAGGACGGCAUAGGUCCGGGGAAUACUACGGCAUUAUCUCUAAAGCUCGGUUGGCAACCCUGGAGCCUUAUCAAUUAGUCGAAAUGAAGCGCACCGACUUGACCAAUGUGGUCAUGCACGUCAAGGCCAUUAAUUUCCCCGGCAUGGAAGUUGAACAAGUUUUAGCAGAAACCAUCGAACCACCUGAAGCAGAACGAGUAGCUUCUGCAAUGCGCUCGCUUAUGAUGGUUGGGGCGCUGGACAGCCAAAAGAAUCUCACCUCUCUGGGACGAGUUUUGUUGCAGCUUCCCGUCGAAGUAGCUGUCGGCCGCCUUGUGCUUUACGGUAGCUUUUUCAAGUGCCUUGACCAGGCGCUAACCCUCGCGGCGAUCCUUACUAACCGGGAUCCAUUCAUGGCACCCAUAGCCCUGAAACAAGAGGCGAAUGCGGCCAAGGAGCGUUGGUCUUCGAACGAUUUUAGGUCAGACGCACUUGCUACACUGAACGCAUAUAAUACUUGGUGGGCUAUGCAAGAUCGGGGUGAAUACGUCACUGCCAACCGUUUCUGUUCGGAGAAUUUCUUGAGCAAGCCGAGCUUAUUGAAUAUCCAGCGCAUCAAGGGCCAUCUAUUACAGAGUCUCUACUAUGCAGGCGUUCUGGACAUCUCCGCUGGGGGCACUUCAUCCAACCACCGCGUAGCGCGGGAUAUGGUUGUUCCUCCCGAACUCAACGAGCAUGGGGAUUCCAAGCCAUUGUUGGCUGCUUUGAUCGCCAUUGCAUGCCAGCCCAAUUUCGCUAUUCGCCAUAAGGAAAAGAUGUAUCGAACUAGAGAGGAUAAGACAGCCUUCAUUCAUCCAGGUAGCGUCAAUCACCGCAGGAGACAGGCAGUAGACCAGCAUAAAGACUUAGUAGAAAUGGGGGAGCGCGAGCUAUUUGCAUUUGCCGAAAAGACUCGAAACACAGCCCAAGGAGGCCAACUGUUCCUGCGAAAUUGCACAAGACUCGAUCCGAUGACCUACAUGUUAUUUGGCGCAUACGACCUUGUUGUCACACCUCGAGGACUAGAAUGCGACAAUUGGUUGCCUAUUACAGGUAACAUCGAUGCCUUGGACGAUGUUCGGCGAUUAAAGUCCAUGAUGGAGGCGUGUAUGCUGCGCGUUUUCGACGGGAUUUGUGGCAGGAUGAAUUCUCGAGACAAAGAUUACCGGUCUCGUUUCCGGCUGAAGGAUGAGCGAGUUUCUGGAACGGACGAGGAAGUUGGCGCGCAAGGCACUCCACUAUCGCAGAAAGAAGUCAAGGAGCUCAAUUAUCUUACGGGAGAUAUUGUUCGCAUUCUGAAUCGAUACAGCGAGGAACGUUUGUCAAGGCAAGACUCGCGUUGGAAUUCAAGACCAGGAACUCCGAGUGGGUACAGUACCCCCCCUUACUUCGGACCUGGUACUAUACGCAUGUCUGCAAGUGGGGCCUCGACACCAAACCCUGGGUUUGGCGGGUACAGAUUGGGCCCUCGUUCUGCAUAUUUCGAUAGCCGGCCAUCCACCCGUCCAUCUAGCCCUCUCUGGCGAUAA